CGCUUUCCUGCGCAUUAAUUAGAACCUUCCCUUCCACAAAACUUAAGUGAGCAUAUUUGGGGAAAUUUUGGUGCUUUUCUCAAGCUAUCAGCGGUCAAAAGCUAAACAGGAUGGCCAUUGAGAUGACAAACAUUUUCUGGUCCUAAAGGUAUUUGAGAAAUACUUUUAAACUGGUGUUUGGUUUUUACUAAAUAUCGUGCUCUGAAUACUCAAAUACCUCUAAAAGUGAAAGUGGCGUAUAUAGCAUUUUCAAACAUACGCAAACCGGGAAGGAUGGAGCCAAAACCACAACUGAAACCAACGUGUAAUAGAUCUAGUACUGUAGUAAGAUACUUAGGAGACAGGUUGUUUUCGAAAACUCAUGAUAAAACGUGAUUGACAGCCAUUUAGUGCCAAAAGUGCAAUAACAAAAAUAUUGAUAAACCAGGAAUUGUCAAAACAAGUCUAUGAAAUCAUAUUACUUGUUGACAUCUUCUUUUCAAUGCUUAGAUUCUCAGCUUCUCUAACACUACGAAUCUUAACAGUUCUCAACCUUUCUCAACCUGAAGUUCAGUUCUCAAAUCUUCACGACACAAGAUGGCGGAUCGGCUUUGUGAGUUUUGCAUUGGUUGUUGUUCGACAAUUUGCGCCGUAUUUUGCCGAGAAAUUACAAUGAAGACGGCCUACACUAUCCAAUUUGUCAUAUACAGCAUUUUACAAGGAUACAACGUCGCUUCAGACAUUGGAAUGUUUUUUGACGUUUUCAACGCGGUAAGGAAAUGCAAUGAAUUAGAAGAGAACUCAAAUGCGAAUGGAACUCAAGUCGAUCCGGGAAGGACAAACGUCUAUUGUAGAGCACCAGGAAACUUUACAGUGUCAGAUCUCGACAAGCACAUCCUAACCUUGGAAAUUCUUCAAUGGUUUUUCUUAAUUUUUGCUGGGAUUGGUGUGGCGCUCUACAUCGCCCACGUAUGCACUCUACUUCCAAAUUUAUGCAAGCACUGCCGAGAACCAGAAUUUGAACACGACCUUGGCUCACCAGAUACACCAAAAUACUAUCGAAGUAUUGUACACAUUCAUACCAUGUUUAUGUGCAUAGAGACUUUUAUUCAUGACAUUCCCGUAUCCUGUCUGGCAGUGGAGUUGAGCGUGCAUUAUUUUGGGUCAGCAAACUGCUGGGAAUGCGCAAUAAGUGCCAGCUCGGUUCCAGCCGAGCUUUCUUUGAAAAGAGGCAGUCUGUGGAUUGGGCUAAAAGUGUCAGCGGUUGCAUUAAUCACCAUCUAUAAAGGUAAGACGACUGAAAAUAACAUUACACCGUUUAUCUACUGAUCAACCCUUUUGGGCUGUUCCGGAUGGGUGACGAGGAAAGCUUCUUCAAUGCAGCUGGAAAUUUCGCUGGUUUUAGUUUUAGUCGUUUUUCCCGGUCAUAACAAUAAUAGUUUUAAAACUUAAUAUAGCGCCUUUUAAUCUUAAAAAGAUCAAAAACGCUUGACAUUAAUUUAAAAAUAUCUAUAAAAUACAGUAUAAUGAAUUAUAAGAAAUAUCUAUAAAACCUAAUACUAAAAAUAACCAAUUGACCACCCCCAAGAAAUGUUACUCGUUGUAAGCUAAAUUAAAAAGAUGUGUCUUAAAAAUGCUGAGUGAUGUUAUUUCCCGAAUAUUUGCUGGAAGGCUGUUCCACAGCGUGGGCGCCGAAACAUAAAAUGAACGAGCUCCUAAUGUAGAUAUCAUACGCCCCUUAGGACGAUCCAAAAACAAUGAAGAAUUCGAUCUAAGGGAAUAAACAGAACACGACUUAAUGGACACUAAGUUACUAAUGUAGCUAAGUGACAUAUUAUAUAUAGCCUUAAAUGUAAUAAUUAAAAUUUUAAAAUAAAUACAGUAAAACACAGGUAGCCAGUGGUGGUUAUAUAAAGCUGGUGUGAUAUGAUUGUACUUUCGUCUUCGAUCCCCCCAAAAAUUUACACAGAAAAGAGAAAAUCCAUCAGAGUAAUGAAAAAACACAUCCUUGAUGUACCCUUGUUCCAGUAAACUAAAAAAACCGCUUUUCAUAAACAGCUGUUAGACCAAUAUGCGUGGGACGUAAACAAAGGUCGCCCACAUUGCUUUUGCUUUGUUUACGUCCAACGUAUAUCGCCUAUUUCCCUUUUUUAUUUUUCUUCCAGGGCUCAAAUAAGUAGUCUAUAUUUUUGUAUUGCAAACUCCACUACACGACGAAUAUGAUAUAGAAAACAGUAAAUUUACUGAUUUUCUUUAUAGGCAGGGUGUACUACCUUGAAAAACGUUCACUACUGGGACAGAAAUUUACAAAAAUUGCCUCCAAGCUGAGAUGAAAUUUCAGCCAUGAAAAUUUUAUCUUGCAAAACCGAAAAAAAUAUCCAAUCAGCAAAAUAAACCUUCCGCAAAAUUUACAUCCCACAUAGAAAUAUCACUUUACGUUUAGCAUUCUGUUUUUCUGAUCGUCGUGUAGGUAUCUUUCCCGGUAUCUAUUCAAUAUUUACCUAAACAGAAUCAUUCUGAGGAGGCCGAAACUCUUAAGUACAAUUACAACCUUAGAAGGAUAACCUUCAAAGUAUUGGUCAUAUGGAGGAAUGAAGCCUACAAUUAGUCUCUUGUGUUCUAUUGUCGAUUCGUUCCCCAAUUAUUGACAUUCUUCACAGGUAUCCUUCCGCUGUACUUUUGGAUUGGAAACCCAUUCUGCUGGAGCUGUUAUCCUCUGAGGUUCCUGAUCGCUGCACCAGCCGGGCUUGGUUUCAUGGUAAUGGUCCUGGCUCCAUGUAUGGGCAUUGCGAAGCUCCGAGUCAUGGUAGAAGUCCCAGAUUUGGCGGGAACUGUUGGCGCACCUUCCGACAUCAUCUUCAUGAUUGGACUGGUUUUCUGGGUCAUAUUAAUCGUCGGCUUCCUGGCCUACAAGAUAUUCUACAGUUUUAUCAUGGAGUUGUGUCCUUGCCUUGCUUGGUGUGAGGACGACGAUAAGAAAAAGAAAGACGCUAAAGAGGAGAAGACAACUGGAUGCUUAUGUUUCUAGUAAUGUAACUUACAAACCAGAACCGGACUGUCUUGGAAAAGAAGAUUUUCUUUAUUUCCGGAUUAAAUUCCUUGCUUUAUUUAGUCUAUUGUCAUAAGUAGUAUAUGCAAGAUCAUCAUAUGCAUAUGCGCAUCCAGAAAUUGACAUAGAAAUUUUUUGAUACGAAUCAGGUGUUUAUGAGAAAGUUGUUCCUCAAGCUUAGGCCUAACCAGGAGUUUUGAGAAUUUGCGUAUCAGGGGUCUGCAUGUUAUACUCAGGUAUACGAUAUUUUGUCAAGACAAUGCAUUUUUGAAUUCUAUGUCUUUGGUAAAUUGACACAAAUCAGCAACCCGAGGCAAUUUUAACUUCUCAUAGUUUUAAGAGUUUUAUUUUUUUUUAAAUUUGUGUGUGCCUUGCAGUUCCGAGGUAAUAAUUACAAGUACUCGAUAAAAAUACAAUCAAGAGAAAACUGGCUUGUUAAAAGUAGCGCAGAAAUAAGGAAAAACUCUGUUAGCUCUUGUUUAAAAUACCUUAAAGCCUGAAUUUGUAAAAAUAAUGGAGUUCAUACUUUGGCUUUUUGUAGAAAGAUUUAGCAUGAAAUUGACGAGCAAACGCUUUGGAGAGAAGUAAAAUUCACAACCAAAUUAAGUUAUUUUGCUUUUCAUGUAUUUUUGUUGUUUGUUAAUAGUCACGAUUCAAUAGGCUGAGCCAAUAACACUCAUGAUGACGUCAUUUACUGAAAAUCCACCUUCAGGCCUCGUUUGUCGGGCUAUAUUUAUAACUCUUUGUUACUUUCUUGUUGUUUCCGCAGGCUGUUCUUUAAAUUUCAAUGUUUUGGGAAUACCUUUUGCACAUUCAACAGUCCGCUCAUUAAAAGCGGAACCCGAAGAAUUUAUAAAGACGCGGGGUUAGAUCCAUUCAUUGAUCAAAGCUGAAACUGUUGUGCAUGUGAGAGCACAUGCAGCAUCGUCUCAUGGGGGAGGAGAAAGGGAGGGUAAGGUUCUUAUUGAGGGAGGCACGCGUGAUCAUCAAGAUAUCGCUGCCCAAGGCAACAUUAUACAUGUUCAACUCUACCUAUCCAUGAAGGUACCACAUUACUAGUGAUGUACAAGGUUAAAUAAGACGUCACGUCCAUCGCCAAGAUUGAGGGAACGCCACGAUUCUGUAGGCGUGGUCUGACUUGUUUUUUGCAUUAGCUGUUCAAAGGGAUAAAAUGUUGACAGCUCUUUUUCGUAACGAGGAGCAACAAUUCCAUAUAAUCCUGCCACCUUCCUUGUAUAUAAAUCUGUUCGAAG